CAAAAUUUAAGAGACACUUAAAAUUCAACCCCCUUCAUAUUAGAGAGAGAAAGAGAGAAAAUCAUAUGGAAGGUCUGCCUCCACCGUUACGCCCUCCCUCACAUUUUCUUUAGGUUACUCUUUUUAAAUUUUAAUUCUCUUUCUCUCUAUUUAUAUAACUUAGCUACCUCUUCAAUACUCCAAAAACGAAAAUUUGAGGUGGCUUUUGUUUUUGUUGUCAUUUUUUUUCGUUUGGUUUUAUUGGUUUUUGGUGAUCUGGGUUUUGGGGGAAUUGUGGGGUUUUGUUGAUAGAGAGAGGGGGUGGGGGAGAGAAAUGGAGGAGGGGAAAUUGUGGCAGUGGGGUGUUUUCAGAUCUCUUCUUGCAAUUCUCCAGUGGUGGGGUUUUAAUGUUACCGUGAUUAUCAUUAACAAAUGGAUCUUUCAGAAAUUGGAUUUCAAAUUUCCCCUCUCAGUAUCAUGCAUUCACUUUAUAUGCUCAUCAAUUGGAGCAUAUCUGGUAAUCAAAGUGCUAAAGCUUAAACCUCUAAUAGUGGUUGAUCCUGAAGACCGCUGGAAAAGGAUAUUUCCCAUGUCUUUUGUGUUCUGUAUCAACAUAGUGUUGGGAAAUGUUAGCUUACGCUACAUCCCAGUUUCUUUUAUGCAGACUAUUAAGUCAUUCACUCCUGCAACUACAGUUGUUUUGCAGUGGCUAGUUUGGAGAAAGUACUUUGACUGGCGAAUUUGGGCCUCAUUGAUUCCUAUUGUUGGAGGAAUUCUGCUCACAUCUAUUACAGAACUUAGUUUUAAUAUGUUAGGGUUUUCUGCUGCCUUAUUUGGAUGUUUAGCUACUUCUACAAAGACUAUCCUUGCAGAAUCUCUGCUGCAUGGAUACAAAUUUGACAGCAUAAAUACUGUCUACUACAUGGCACCUUCUGCAACCAUGAUCCUGGGAGUACCAGCACUAUUACUUGAAGGUAAUGGGGUUAUACAUUGGCUUCACACCCACCCCUCUCCUUGGGCAGCUCUCAUCAUUAUUUUCAGCUCAGGAGUGCUGGCUUUCUGUCUUAACUUCUCCAUUUUUUACGUGAUUCACUCGACUACUGCUGUCACAUUUAAUGUUGCUGGGAACCUUAAGGUAGCAGUUGCUGUGUUGAUUUCAUGGCUGAUAUUCCGAAACCCGAUUUCGGGUCUAAAUGCUGUUGGCUGUGGUAUUACCCUUGUGGGAUGUACAUUUUAUGGGUAUGUACGACACAUGCUUUCCCAACAGCCUCCUGGAACCCCUCGAACACCCCGGACGCCUAGGAACAGGAUGGAACUACUUCCCCUUGUAAAUAAUGAUAAGUUAGAUGAUAAGGUCUAAUUGAGUUUGUUGUUUAUGGGGUUCUUGGCUUUUUGGAGAGGUACGACACAAAAAAAGAAAAAAUGGCAUAGUUUGGACAGGAUGCUCGAUGACCUUGGGCGGAUUUACAUUAGAUUACUCAUUUAGUUGGAAAAUUUUAACAUAUUUUCUCGUCUUUCAGAAACAGAAAAUUAUCAAGUUUCUUACGUAUAUCUUUAUUUAUGAGCGUCCCAAAUAGCGGAAUACAUGAAACCAAUGGAAAUUUUCUA